AUGAUUUCAUCAAAAAAUAAAAUUGUUCAUCCAUCUGUUGCUGCUGAGAGGCAGAUGAGGAAUCAAAUGCAAGAGAGGUUUAAGAUGAAGAAAGAAUUGGAGUUGAAAUCUCGUAAGUUUGUCGAGUUCUUGUCCAUCAAUCAGCACGUCAAUGAAGAUGAACUCAGCACUAUGCUACAUUUGUUGUUUGUUCAGCAGUACGAUGACGUGAUUGUGGAAAGAAGCAUUUCUUCAUUCUGUGGAUAUGCUCUAUGUGCAGCUGACCUAAUUGAAGUGCCUAAAAAGAAAUAUCACAUUUCUCAUCUAACCUCAACCGUCUAUGAUAUCGAAGAAAGAAAAAAAUUCUGCAGCAACAAUUGUUUCCUAUCUUCAAAGCACCUGAGGAAACAGAUAUCAGCAGACCCAUUAUUGGAUCGCACCAGGAUUUCCACGAAAUUUGACUACCUCAGGGAUCAUUCCAACUUUAAAAAAUCUGAUGGUAUGGGAGACGUCGUACUUCAGCCAUUUAGAUUCAGUCUUGCUGAUGAGAUUAAAAAAAUGAGUAUUUGUGAACGUGAUGAUGGAGAUGAUGAUGAUGGAGAUGAUGAUGAUGGAGAUGAUGAUGGAGAUGAUGAUGAUGGAGAUGAUGAUGAUGGAGAUGAUGAUGGUGGAGAUGAUGAUGGUGGAGAUGAUGAUGGUGGAGACGAGUAUGAGAGAAUGGUUAGUAGUAGGGAUUAUGAUUAUGAUGAUGACAAAGAAAAAAAUAAAAAAGACUCACCAAUAGUGAACGUGGAAAAAAAGAAGAAAGCAGAAACAAGAGGUGCUGUGUUGCUGCAAAAUUGGCAGCUGCCUCCAUUGAGUGUUAAUGGGAGGAACAAUUUGUUUUAA